AUGGCUCCGCCCGCGAAGCGCCGCCGGCGGAAUGUCGUUGACGCUUCGGACGAUGAAGACGAACCGCCCCGUGCAAACACCCUGACCAAGUUUCUGAUUACUUCACCAAGCUCCUCUACGAAAAGCCGCGUCACUACAGCUUCACCGAGCCCGACAAAACCUAAGAUCGUUGACAACAAGCCAACCAAGAAUGGCUCACUUCGGCUGCCUCGUCGAGCGCAAGCGAAGAGCAAUAGCACGAGUCCAAGCGCGAAGCGUACCAAGGAUGUUGGCAAAGCAGCAGAUACGGGAAAGACAGCUGAUUUGAAGACGCUCUUUUCGAACCAGGCACAAAGGGCUGCGCGGUCGAGUGCUGGAGAUAGGCGAUCCGUUCCUCAUGAAGAUAUCAUCAGUGAUCCUAUCUCAGAGGAUGAUGAGAUUUCGGAACAUAAGGCAAGCUCUGCAAGCUUAGUUGGACAGCAUGCUAAGAAGAGAUUGCGAAACGACUCGCAAUCGUCGUUGUCUAGUGCACCCAGCGCCAGCCAAAAGUUCAUCAAACCACCUAAGCCAGUACCUAUAGCUAGGCCAAAUGACGACGCACGCCCUUGGUCAGAACGAUUUGGACCUCGAAAUCUGGAGGAAUUAGCAGUUCACAAGAAAAAAGUCUCCGAUGUGAGGCGGUGGUUGGAGGAUGUGAUAGCUGGGCGCAUGCGCCAGCGUCUGCUUAUUCUCAAAGGCACUGCUGGGUCCGGAAAGACAACGACUAUGCGACUUCUGGCAAACGACAUGGGUAGUGAGCUUCUUGAAUGGCGAAAUCCUGCGGGAAGCUCUGGACUGGGUUUCGUUUCAGCAUCUGCGCAAUUUCAAGAGUUUCUUGGGCGUGGUGGUAAAUUUGGAGCAUUAGAGACCGAUACUUCAGUGUCAUCGACCCAGAACAGCUCUCAGACCACCCGAAAGGAUGAUUCGAAACGAGUUAUCCUCAUCGAGGAGUUUCCUAACACAUUUUCAAGAUCUUCAACGGCUUUAACAUCCUUCCGGAACACCGUUUUACAGUACCUUGCUAAUAGUACACCCUCUUUAUCCAUGUUUGCGACGCCCUCGCAGCAUGAGCCCAUAACGCCAGUGGUCAUGAUCAUUUCAGAAACUCAUCUGACUACAACUUCUGCAUCGGCGGACAGUUUUACUGCCCAUCGACUUUUGGGGCCCGAAAUCUUGCAACAUCCAGGGGUUGGUAUGAUUGAGUUCAAUGCCAUCGCCCCGUCGUUACUCCUGAAGGCACUCGAGCUCGUUGUUCAGAAAGAGGCCAGAAAAUCUGGUCGCAGGAAAACACCAGGCCCUCAAGUUCUAAAACGCCUUGGUGAAAUUGGAGACAUCAGAAACGCCGUGUCAUCUCUCGAGUUCCUGUGUCUGAAAGGUGACCAGCAAGGAGAUUGGGGCAACAAAGUCGUGCUCACAAAGCAGACCAAGGGCGCGAAAGAUGCUAUCAAGCUCACACAAGGCGAAGAGGAGAGUCUGGAACAAGUAUCUCAACGUGAAGCGAGUCUAGGUAUUUUCCAUGCUGUUGGAAAGGUUGUCUACAACAAACGAGACGAACUUCCUCCACGAGGAGGUGACAAUGUCGAGAAUCUUCCAAGCUUCCUUUCGCAUUUCUCGAGACCGAAACGCUCACAAGUGUCUGUUGACACGCUUAUCGAUGAGACGGGUACAGAUACACAUACUUUUGUUUCGGCAUUACAUGAAAACUACGUUCUAUCCUGUGAGAGCACAGAUCCUAUGGACUUGUCAACACCAAUGGACUACGUUAAUGACUGUAUCGAGUAUCUGUCACAAGCAGAUCUCCUCUCACCAUCAAGAGAUAUCUUCUUCGGCGGCAGAGGUGGCUUUUCAGGCCCAGACUCUGGCAGCCAUGUGCUACGACAGGACGAAAUAACUUUCCAGGUAGCUGUCAGGGGCAUGUUAUUCUCACUUCCUAACCCUGUUAAGCGCAAAUCAUCAACCAUGUCCAAGGGCAGCGACGCCUUCAAGAUGUUCUACCCAACGAGUCUGAAACUCUGGCGAGCCAAGGAAGAGUUAGAAGGGUUUGUGGAUAUGUGGUCUACAAAACUACUUAAAGGCGAUGACGGAGCAACGAAAAAUCUCACCGAUGGAGCCACAGCGUUUCGUCGUCCUCAGCAAUCCUCUGGCGAGACUUCCUGGAUGCAGCGUAAGCAACUAAAUCGUCAAGCUAUGGUAAAGCAGCAGCAGCAAGAAGACGAUCCUGAUAGUCCGCCGCUUCUCUCACUUGGCAGUGCAGCCCGGCGCGAGAUGCUCCUUGAGCGUCUCCCAUAUAUGGCGCACAUAGCUCGUGCUCGAAAGACACCAAGCUUCCGUUUGCGCGAACUUGAGAAGGUGGUUGCAUUUAAAGGCAUUAAUGCUGCCGAUGAAGAGUCUGACGCAGAUGACGACAUGCAGCCGGGAGAAGCUUGGGCAACAGAUAAGCCAUCAGAGGAAAUGAGUCCCCGGAAGAGAAGUGCGGGUAUAAAGGAAGGAAAUGUGUCGGGGCUUCUCGCUCAGAAAUUGGUGCUGAGUGAUGAUGAUAUUGAGGAUUAA